AUGAGUUUGACAGAAGAACUUCGUACAUGUUGCAUUCAGAUUAUGGAAGAUCUAAUGGAACACCCCUGCUCAAUCGUAUUUUCUAAAACUAUUACUCCUGAAGAAAAUCCGGAUCAAGAUUCUCAGCAAAAUAAUAUACCAGCUAUUAAACAUCCUGUUGAUUUAUCUAUGAUAAAAGAGAAUUUGAUAGAAUACAAAUACAAGUACCUAAUUCAAUGGGAAAGUGAUAUGAAAUGCGUUUGGGUUAACCCAUUGAAAGCAAAUAAGAAAGAUUUUUUCACGUUUGCCCUUGCAAAAGAACUUAAGACACAAUUUAGAAAGUUACACAAACGAGUCAAACUUCGAACACUGAGUAAAUGGACCCGAGAAGCCUCCAAAUUAAAAGAUAAGAUUGAUGCUCUAUUAGAUUCACCCCCAGAACAGUGCUCUCAGUAUGUGAUACUAUCUCAAAAGGAAGAUUUCGUUGAUUGCACAAAAGAAUUUAAUGAAAGAGAAAAAACAUGUUUUGGCAAAGCAACAUUCCUUGUUCCAGGCAUGCAAGAUCAGAAGAAGAUUCUAUCAAUGCUAAAUAAGUAUAAGACCCCAUUAAUUAAAGAAAAUGGCAUCAUUAAUGUCGAUUUAAAUGAUCUUUCGAAUCAAGAAAUGUAUGAGAUUAGAGCAUACAUUGAAAAACGUUUAGUUGAAUUACAUAUUCCAUAUCCGCGAUGA